UCAAAAGAAAUCCUACUAAUAAUAAACUAUACAAAUCUUUAAUACGAACUGUAUAUGUGAAAGCUUACUAGGUCCCUGCUAUGCUGGUGAACUUUGCGCUCGUCAUUAUGACACAGCGCUCGGAAGCCUACAUACUCUACUUCGUAACCAAUUUUCACAGAUAAAGGCAAAAUUCAGGAACAUUGCCCAACUAAGUUGGUUGCAUAUUAAUGUACCUACCCUAGCCUAUCUUCUGCAUCUCUGCAAACCAGAUGGUCUAUUUACCUGUGGGAACACCCAAUUCUAAGCCGCGACCUUCGGCAUUUCGUCUGGUGGUCCUACUACGAUGUCCUAUUACUUCGCGGAUUCUUCACUCAUCGUGCUAUGGCAGGUUCGCUUGUCAAACAUAGUCUAUGCCAAUAGAUUUAUUUGCUCUAUGUUAUUUCCCUAAGAAGUUCUCGGCCUUUCCGAUAUCUCGGACGAAAAAGGUACGUUAUCUUUACCGAUGCAUGAUUUCGGACAAUAUUUUUGCUAGAAAGAACGUGUACGCACGACCUUCCCUACACACUAUCAUGGCCGCCGGCAUAUGAACAAAAUGCCUCAGGUCAAAUACUCAUUGCAUGAUCCCAGUCCGAAGUAUAUCCAGUUUGUUUGCAGAUUCCACGCAUGAUUCGCUACGCUUCAUUCAAAUUUGUAUGAAACUUGCAUUUUCCUAGCAUGUUUGUCACAAUGCUUGACCAUAAGUUUGGGUAUAUCAUAGCUUCUAUGCAGUUAAGUGACUGAAGGACCGCACACUAGUGAAGCGCCGGAUCUAGAUACCCUUAUAAAUGGUUCAAACUACCCUUUAGUUUAUGAUCGAUACAUACAACGAUAAAGCUAAGUACUCGCACUUUCAACACACCAAGUUGGUAUCAACACAGGAAAACUCAACCGACAGAAUUAAUACCUAAAAUGCCUCCCUCAGCUGUUAUCGAUGAACCUAAGCUCGAUUCAACGAUCACCAUCGGCGAGACCAAGCUCGCUCCUCCUACUUCUCGUCUACUAGAGCCGGAAGAAGCAGAGUUUCCUUCUGUUGAGUACUACGACCAUCUCGCAAAAAUUUAUGAGAAUGCUUUCUCUCAUGACACUAGUCUAGAGAAAUUCAUUCAACAUGCGCUCCUAGAACUACCCAAAAAUGCCAAAGUUCUUGACGUCGGUUGCGGGACUGGAAAGCCUGUCUCAUAUACCAUGGCAGCCCAUGGUCACAAUGUUCAUGGUUUUGACCUAUCCAGCGCUAUGGUCGAUUUAUCCGUUAAGCAUGUUCCCACAGGCUCAUUCGAACAAGCAAACAUGUUGGAAUAUACACCUCGAUUUCAAAACAACACGCCCGAUAUCGAUGUCAUCUUCUCCAUCUUCUCCCUCUUUUGCUUGUCACGUGAAGAGAUGACUACAAUGGCCUCAAAGAUGUUCAAUUGGUUGAAGCCAAAUGGACUCCUUUGCAUCGGUACGAUCUGCGCCGAAGACUUCAAAACAACACCUUCGAUGUAUGAUACGGAUGGAUUGUGCGCUACAAAUGUUGAAAUGAUGUUCAUGGGAUCUAGAUGUUCUUCUAUGACAGCUUUCACAAAACAGGGUUGGAAAAGUGUGAUUGAGACAGCUGGGUUUGAGAUCAUUCAUACGAAGAGUAAUUUAUUCGUACCAAGACCAUCUCCAGGUGUAGCUACUGAUGAUGAGAUGCACUAUUUUAUCAUGGCGAGGAAGAUUUAAGAAGAUGGUUCUUUUUGUCUAGUUUGGAGGUUGAAAUUAUCAUUAAUUGAGCUUGCAAAUUCGUAUCUCCGUGUCUCUUUAUUUCUUGGGGGAUAUGAAAAGAGCUGUCAACUAUUUGAUUUCAUAGAUAAGUUCAAGUAUUACA